AGUAACCAUUGAUUUGUUAAGUAUAAGCAUUUAAAAUACACGAUUUUUAUGAUUCUGUUUGGACAUGUCCAUGCUUUUAAUAUCCUGGAGUCCUUAAAGCUGGAAGUGGCCCAGGACCCUGAGAGUGAAACACACAAGCCGGACUGCCCUAACAUUGAUGGGAGGCCUCGCUGGGAACAUCCCAGAAGAAUGCUGCCUCAAGUUCCCCAAGGCCUGGAGUGGCAUCUGCAGUCAGAGAUGAUGAGCAAGACGCUGAGGACUUCCACCUGAUCCCUCUCAGUUAUGGAGAAAACUCGUGCAGAUGAACUUCCUCUUACUGUGAAUUCUUCAGAAAACAAAGAGACUAUAUGUAUUUUUGGAACUGGGGAUUUUGGAAGAUCGCUGGGAUUGAAAAUGCUCCAGUGUGGUUAUUCUGUUGUUUUUGGAAGUCGAAACCCCCAGAUGUCCAGCCUGCUACCCAGUAGCGCAGAAGUCUUGAGCUACCCAGAAGCAGCCAAGAAGUCUGACAUCAUAAUCCUGACAAUCCACAGAGAGCACUAUGAUUUCCUCACCGAAUUAACUGCAGUUCUCAAUGGAAAAACAUUGGUAGAUGUCAGCAACAACCUCAAAAUCAAUCAGUAUCCCGAAUCUAAUGCAGAGUACCUUGCUCAGUUGGUGCCUGGCACCCACGUGGUAAAAGCAUUUAACACGGUCUCAGCCUGGGCUCUCCAGUCAGGAGCACUGGACGCAAGUCGGCAGGUGUUUGUCUGUGGAAAUGACCGCAAAGCCAAACAAAGAGUGAUGGAUAUUGCUCGUACUCUUGGACUUACUCCAUUGGACCGAGGAUCUCUCACGGCGGCCACUGAAAUUGAAAACUAUCCCCUGCAACUAUUUCCGAUGUGGAGGUUCCCCUUCUGUUUGUCUGCUGCACUGUGUGCCUUCUUCUUUUCCUACUGUGUUAUAAGAGAAGUAAUCUACCCUUACGUUAAGGACAAGACAGAUAACACCUUUCGCCUGGCUAUCUCCAUUCCAAACCGUGUCUUUCCAAUCACAGCUCUUACCCUGCUGGCUUUGGUUUACCUCCCUGGUGUUAUUGCUGCCAUUCUGCAGCUCUACCGAGGUACAAAAUACCGCCGAUUCCCAGACUGGCUUGACCACUGGAUGCUUUGUAGAAAGCAGCUGGGCUUGGCAGCUCUGGGAUUUGCUUUCCUUCACGUUAUCUACACACUUGUGAUUCCUAUUCGUUAUUAUGUACGAUGGAGACUGAGAAAUUUAACCAUCACCCAGACGCUACUCAAGAAAGAGAAUACAUUUAGUACCACUUCCGCCUGGCUUGGUGAUUCAUAUGUGGCUUUGGGAAUCCUUGGAUUUUUUCUGUUUGUACUCUUGGGAAUCACUUCCUUGCCAUCAGUUAGCAACAUGGUCAACUGGAGAGAGUUCCGAUUUGUCCAGUCCAAACUGGGUUAUUUGACCCUGAUCUUGUGCACAGCCCACACCUUGGUAUACGGUGGAAAGAAAUUCCUCAGCCCUUCAGUGCUCAGAUGGUAUCUUCCUUCAGCCUACAUAUUAGCACUCAUCAUUCCCUGCACUGUACUGGUGAUCAAGUUUAUCCUAAUUAUGCCAUGUAUAGACAAGACCCUGACACGGAUCCGCCAGGGGUGGGAAAGGAACUCAAAAAUCUCCAAAUCAGCUUUGAAUGGAAAAACAGAUAUUUAAUGCAAAGUUCGAGAUAAUCAGACUUCUAUAGAAUUGAGUGCUUAGAGAAUAAUGGAUAUGGUUAGAAAAGGCUUUUUUCUCACACGAUGGCUUGAAGUUCAUGAACACAGAAGGAAACGUUGCCUGUCUUUGAGAAGUUGGCAGAUUGUAAGAGAAUACCAUUUUAGCUCAGGUCAGUGAUGAAUCUGAGCAGGUCCCCGCCUCUUCUUCCCUGGGGUUCAUGGGGCUGAGAUUGACAUUAGCUUUGUGGUUUCACACUCAGAAGCUUCUUUGUUGUGGGCAACAUGCAUGACCUAAUGUCUUGCAAAAUCCAGGACUAUCGCAACUUCCUUCUCUGGUUCAAGGGCUGAGUUAAGUGAGGGCCACUGAUAAAGGUAUGGCUGAAGAAGAGGGCCAAAUGAAGUAAAAAAAUGAGAUUUUUGGCUUGCUUUUUGGAAUUAAAGGUGAUGAUAAAUAUUACCACAGUAAAUCCUAUAGUUAAAUAUACUCCUUGAUUUUGCUUUUACCAAUAUGAAUGUUUACUAUGGGGAACUAUUUUAUAACACAACAAAAAUAUCACAGUUGAGGGGAGGUAAACAUGCCAAAUCUAUAGAACUGUCAUAAGAUCCUUCCUCUGCAGAGAAUAGGUAUAGGAAAGACUGAGUAAAAAUGAAGAUAUAGCCAUUGGAAUUUCCCCUGCAAUGUUCAAAAAGCAAGGAAGGGUUGAUAAGAGCCCUUGUACAAAAAGUUAAAAUAAACCAGAAUUUUAGAUAGCCAGCUAAAUAAAUAUUGUAAAGUUGAACUAUAUUAGAUUUAGCAUUUUUUAGGUACAAUAUAUAAUUUUGUAAAUUAUAUAUUCCAAAUAUUAUUCAAUAUUAAUCAUUAUGAAAUUAAUUUCUAGUAUAAAGAAGCAGCUUCCAUAUCUGCCUUAGUCUGCAGUAAAAUUACAUGAAUAAUCUGCAGGAGUAAGUUUAAACAAUGCAUGGAUAAUGGAGAUUUAUAGGAAGUGACAGGGCAGAGAUGUUAUAUACAUAUAUUAUAUAUGUAAUGAACAGUAGUCAUUAUAUGAGACUUGGAUCUUUCUCAAAUCCUUGCUGAAGUGUAGGAUAGUUCUGUUUUUCUGUGCUGACAGUGCCCUUUCCCAGAUGAACUUCAGCAGUAUUCGCCUUUCUAGCUCCAGCACUUCUGACUUUUCUUACACACUUGCUGUGUAUGCCACCAUGGCCAGGAAAAAAGGCUCUCAGGCAAAGUGUUGUAAGUACAUACACAAAACAGCUUUUGACCUAUAGGGGUGAGUGCCCAGAGGAAGUCUAGUGCAGAACUAGCAACUGUUAUGUGAAGAAGUGGGAAAUUGUGCAAAAGGUCUGAACAAAGGUCACAGAGUAAAUAGGGUUCUUCAACAUAUGAAAGAUUUUCCACUUCAUUCAUAAUGACAUGCAUGAAAAACUGAAACUAUAUUGAGAUACCGUUUCUCACCUAGAAGACGGUCAAAACUCCAAAAGUUUGAGCACACCCUCGGUGGGUGACAC